GCCAAGUGGAUCGUAAUAGUUUUUCGCGUGUAUGAUUUGUAACGCUCCUUAGUUACCGCAUACGCAUUCGGAAAAAUUUAUAGAAGAACCUUUCAAACUUAAUCAGUUUAGAGACGAAAGAUGUCUUCCCCUCUUGCGGACGAGCCUAGUGAAAAAACCAACGAGUCGCAGCCGAGGCGACGUAGCAACGUUUACAAUGACCUGGGCACAUCGCAUCUCGGUAAAAACGAGGAACCUGCUGUCGCACUUUCACCAUCUUCGACUUCAAGCAGUAGUGCUACUGGCAUAGCGGAUGUAGUCGCGCAGAGGAAAGCGGCUAGCAGAGGCACAGAAGGGGAUCAAAAGGCAUCCGGCGCCGACAGGGAUAACUAUAACAACACCGAGAGAGCGACUCCAUUUCCUACCGAACAGAAGAAGGCAGCAUCUUCCGCUACUCAGGACGAUGAACCAGGAGCACCUGCUUCCCCAAGCAGGAGGGAGAAAAAGAUCGUCGUCGGAUCCUCACCAGCAUCAUCUUCCACCGGGCCCCAACCUCCAGAUCUCACGCAGACGCAGACGCAGACCCAGACGUCGCCCCCGAGUAAGAAGACUCUAGAUCUUGCUGAAGCACAGCGAGCGUUAAAGGAGGCCUUCAGGGUUGUUCAGAUUAAAGCGCAGAGUCCUGUCGAAGAACAGCUAGAGACGGAUGAUUCGUCUAGAGAAAUCGAAGAUGAAUUGGCACAGCUAGUAUCUAAGAUCUGCGCAGAUCAAUCCACGAAGAGAAGCAAAGCCAAAACAAAAGGCCGCGAAGGUAGCGCAACAACUGCGGGCACUUCAUCAUCUUCAAACGCGAGAGGAGGCGCAGGCCCUGGGCCUUCUAGUUCGGCUACGUCUCCUGGAGAUAAUUCUACUCCGUCCACAUCUGUCGCAGAAGAACGCAAGAAGCGGCAAGACGAAGAACGGCGUAAGGCACUCGCGAAGACGGUCUAUCCUGUCAAAUGCGUGGAAUUUGAAGGAAAACGAAGGCAGAUCUUAAUGCAAAGCGAGAACGGCCCAUGUCCGUUCCUCGCCAUCUGCAACAUCUUGCUUUUGCAGGGGAAAUUCAAAAUCGCUAAGGAGCGUGUCGACAUCACUUUCGGAGAGCUAGUUGAGGUUCUUACUUGAUGCAUAAUCACAUGGCUACUCUUACUCAGUGACUCGGCUGCUUCAACAGCGCACUUUUAUUGAUGUUGUCGCACUGAGAUUCUAUGAAAUAUAUUAAUAUGUAUAGCACUCGUGUGUUCAUCUUGAGAAGAUCAUUUACAGCUUCAACAUGAUUGACAUCGAUCGUCUUCAGGUAAUCGCCAACUUUGCACUCGAGCGUGCAUUCGACUAUGCCGAAUUGCAGGGGCCAGACUUUGAUACCCAGGAGAUCGUUCAGGGUGUUAUGAGAAUUUUGCCGAAGCUUCACGAGGGACUCGACGUAAAUGUCUAUUUCAGAAGUAUCGACAAGUUUGAGUUCACCGAGGAACUCGGGGUCUUCGACUUGUUAUCUUUGCCGAUCUUUCAUGGCUGGAUCUGUCCUCCGAGCGACCUCGCACACGAUAUCGUGGUGAAUGAGGUUGGCAGUUAUAACAAACUUGUAGAAAAACUCUUCGAGUACGAGGAGCUGGCGGCGAAAGUUAUGGAGAGUGAUCGUCAUGUCUCAUAUUUCGAGUGGAGGAAGUUGCAACAAAAGAAGUACAGGGAGUACAAGCACUCCUAGUGCCAUCCCUCCAGCGAUUUUCGUUACUGUAUCAUCAUAUUACGUAGCAGGAUGAUCUCCGAGGAGAUAAUGAGCAACCACAAACCGACAGCAUUCUAGCUCUGUCUAAGAAAUUUUCAAACGAAGAAGGGACUCACUCUGACGCCGACCUGGAGCGCUUGCAGUCUCUCUCCCUCUUGCGCGAUUGGAACGGACGAACAGCUGCUCAGCUGACAUAUGCUGGCUUAAUCAAGCUACAUGAGUCAGUUCCCGAACGAUCUUUGGCAGUUUUUCUCCGAAAUAACCACUUCAGUACGAUCUACAAACUGCGGCAGCAAGUGUACGCAUUGAUUAUGACUUCGUUGUAGAACUAGAAUGAUAAUGUUUAGCAGGUCGUACUUGUACUAGUUGUACAUUCAUCACUGUUUUUUGUUGUUGUAGAGUACUAAACUUAAACAAAAGCUGGAGGACAAUUUAAGUACUUAAUCAGAAGCGAAAAUCAAAAUGAUGUCUGACAACAUUCAAUCAAAAGUGAAAACAACAGCGAGAAUGCUUGAACUUGGUGUGUUGUACUAGAAGAGUCUUUGAGGCUUCAGGUGGAGCCUUCGAAGACUGGCGAUUCGUUGUUCUAAGCAAGACACCGACCUCGGUUUUCUGGACGACGCACUGAAUGUCUGGGAACGUGUGACCGAAGUCGAUGGGAACACUGUCUACGUGGACGCCUUGUUCCAGGACGAAGCCGAACGAAACAAGCGGGAAAUGGAGGAGGCCGACCAUCAGUUGGCGCUAGAAAUUCUCAAAAGGGACGAGGUUGCACAAGAAGCCCAGCAACGGCGACGCAGGGGCCCAGCUGGAGACAAUCUUCAACGUGGUCAACUUGCAGAUAGUAGUCUUCAGCGUGGUCAAGGUCAAGGUCGAGGAGCUAUGGGCCCAUCUUCAUCUUCUGCAACUACGAGGGCUAAUACUAAUCCUGGAGGACGCGGUGGAGCUGCGCCACCUGCAGGCGCGACUGGGGGAACCAUUUCAAGGGGCGGCACUAGUAGCAGAACCGGUAGCCGAGAGCCCCCACGCGGCGCUCCUGGGCAGCAGUAUCAUAGUGUCAACCCCGGCGGCUACUCAGGGCCAGGGCCACGAAGUUUCGAUCCUCUCCAAGGAAGACAAAGCAGAGCGACUCCUACGAGUACAACAGGUGGAGCAAUGUCAUCAAGUGGAAACGCGUCUGGCGGCUUCACCCCACCUAACCGGUCAUCGAAUAGCGCUGCAACGAACAAUGGAGCGCCCAACCAGAACAAAAAAAAGAAGCGCGGUCAACCAGGAAACUGCUCCCUCAUGUAGCAAGUAGUUUGAAAUGCUAAGGGUAGCAGUACUGCAGACCAUGCAGAACAUAUGAUGAGCUAAGUACUUUUUUUACUUAUGCGUGAGGAAAAACGUGAAUGACUAUGCUUUGAGUGACGCGCUGCAUCUUAGACGAUGCUGGGAUUGGCUUCAAAAAGAGACCAAAAGUUAGUGGCCGCUUGCUAGAUGAUUUUCCAUUCAGGUCCACUUUUUUAAACUACAGCGCACUUGAAUUGAGAUUUUAUCAGAUUGAUUAGCAUUAUAGAUAAAUAUAUGUUUCAG